AUGCAAAUGUUGGCACAAGUGAACGGUUUCUCGUCCAGCGUGAUGGUGAUUAAGAAUGAUGAUUUUCAUGGCGAAUUUACUAGUGCUUGGGAUGCCUUUGUUGCUCAUACGAAUGCAAUUGCAAUGGCUUACAAGAUUGACGUUGUACGCAAUGUUGUUAUUUCUCCUGGUCCAGGUCAUCCAGCAGAAAUAAAGGAUUUCGGAAUGUGUGCCGACGCUAUUCGUUCUGCUAUUGCACCAGUAUUAGGCGUGUGUCUAGGACAUCAGGGAAUGGCACAAGUCUAUGGUGGAAAAGUGAUACAAGCAAAACAAGUCAUGCAUGGCCGUACGAGUCGUGUAUUUGUGGAAGAAGAGGACACGUUGUUGUUUGCUCAUGUCCCUAAUGGAUUUCAAGCAGUGCGAUAUCAUUCGUUGGUCAUUGACCCGCUCAACGUGCCUAAAGAACUUGACGUCAUUGCUCGAACGGAUGAUGGAGUAAUUAUGGCUAUACGCCAUCGGGCCAAGCAGCAAUUUGGCGUGCAGUUUCACCCGGAAGCGGUGUGUAGCGAGUCCGGCUACCAACUCUUUCAGAACUUUCGCGAUAUUACAUUGGGUCAUUGCACCUCAAAGUGUAAACUCCAUCAUAGCACUCACUCAGAGCACGAUGAUAACAUGCAGUCUGAAGACAAGGAGAAACGUAAUAAACAAGCGCCAAUCUAUCGUGUGUUGAUUCAGCGCGCCUCGAGAAGACUUGCAUCGUUAGAGUUUGCUGAGUUUGUCUUUGAGGAAUUGUUUGGCAAGUCGAAGAGAUCGUUCUGGCUUGAUAGUAGCAACCACGAUACGGUUGUAGGUACCGAAGCAGCAAUCCAGUCUCGCUGCUCGAUUAUGGGUGACAAUACUGGACCCUUGAGCUAUUGUGUAGAGUAUAAUGCUAGUACGGUGGAGCUGCGUGUGCGUCGCUGCCCGACAAAUGUUGACGACGAGUACGUGGAGAUGUUACCACAGCAAAAUAUUCUGACUCAUGUUCGAGACGUGAUGCAAAAAUACAAGUGUCACGACGUUACGUUUGAGGAUGUUGAACUUGAUCAAGAGGUACAUGCUGAAGUACCUUUUGCCUUCCGCGGCGGUUUUGUGGGCUACCUUGGAUAUGAAGUACUGGGUAGCGAGCAACAGAACAAGGAGCAACUUAACGGUAAUACUAACGAAGUACGCGGGGAGCGUGCCCCGGAUGCUUCAUUUCUGCUUGUUGACCGAGCACUGGUAUUUGAUCAUCUUGAAGGUCAUAUCUACUCACUUUCUCUUAGCGAAGCCGACGGUGAAAGCACAAAUGUGAAUCAGGACUGGCAUAAGAAAAUGAAGAAGCAACUGAAACGACUUUGUGAAAAGUUCUGUCAAAAGGCUGACGUAUGUUCACUACUAUCGUCAAAAGUCACCACACGAAAUGAUGAAGUCAUCUUCCGCCCGUCUCGAAGCCGAGCACAAUACGUCGCUGACAUUGAGGAGAUUCAACGCUUGAUUCGUGAAGGUGAGACCUACGAAGUAUGUUUGACAAACACAUUGUGUGCGGAGUAUGCUCUGCGCGAUCCAUUGGCAUUCUAUCGUAUGCUGCGUCAUAAGAACCCAGCACCGUUCGCUGGGUUCUAUUUAAGCAAUCCAAAUAAUCGCUUUCAGACUCCAGUCCAGCUCAACGGGUCAGAAAGUGUCCUUGCUGCGGAGGAUACUUAUGCAAUAUGCUGUUCGUCACCCGAGCGAUUUUUACGGUUGGGAGUUGAUGGGUGGAUGGAGUCCAAGCCUAUUAAAGGGACACGCCGACGCGGUUGCGGUCCUAGCGAAGACGCCGCCAUUGCCGCAGAACUUGAGAACUGUGAGAAAGAUCGAGCGGAGAAUAUGAUGAUUGCUGAUCUUGUGCGCAAUGACUUCGGUGUCGUGGCACGUGUCGGAUCGGUAUACGUGCCGCGGUUGAUGGGUGUAGAAACGUAUGCUACUGUACACCAGCUCGUGACUACCGUUCGUGCUCAACGCAACGAGGAUGCGGACAUAGUGGAUGUGUUGCGAGCUACUUUUCCCGGUGGGUCUAUGACUGGAGCGCCCAGAAAGCGCACGAUGCAUAUCAUCCGAGAGCUUGAGCGCGCUCCACGUGGUGUGUAUUCGGGAGGUCUAGGCUUCUUGUCGAUUGACGGUAGCUGUGAUUUGAACAUUAUCAUCCGCACAGCAAUCGUGACUCCGAACAGUGUGGCGCUUGGUGCCGGUGGUGCUAUCGUGGCACUCUCAGAUUGUGAUGAUGAGUAUGAUGAAAUGCUGCUGAAAGCGCGAGCUCUAGUAGCUACGAUUGGUGCCUACGUUACAGGCAAAGAAGACGGUUCUGGUGCUCGAGUGGUUGUAAACUCAAGUUCAGAUCAGAUAUGCUUACCCAAUGCCAACUAA